AUGAGUGGGAAGCUCUCUGUUAUUGUACUCGCUCUAUUUUAUCACAUCUUGUAUCUUACUUUCUACUGGUUACUUCGAAGACUAAGCUUUGUUUUUAUUCGCACAAGUACAACAAAAGAAAAUGUACUUAAUUUUGAUAGAAUUACCAAGGCAUUUAAUUAUCGUAGAUCGUAA